GUUUCCACUUUUUGGUUUCGCAUUCUAGCCCUCGGCCACACCUUUUUUUCUGGAUGCCGCAGUCAUGUUAGACGCAUCUCAGCCUUUGAUGAGCCUUUUUUUAUUAUUAUUAUUAUCUCGCACUAUUACUAUUACUUUGGAGCAUAGCCCGACAUGUGCCAGGGGCAUGCAAGGUAGAACAGCAUUGUCUUGUUUCCUAGUAUUUUUGGAGCGUGGCAGCUCUCGGAUACCACCAAAAGGGGCCCGGUUGGGAUGAUUGCAUGGUGUUUUGGCGUUUGACGGCGCGAGGCCGAACGAAAUUUGCAGCGUCUUUUUUUAUUUUUCAUGGCAAUGUCACGGUGUUGGUCAAUAGCCAACCGUUGUAGUUUAUGCAAAAAAAGUUGCAAUGAUAUGGAUUUUGUUGGACAGGCUGGUCGUCUCGCUUCGAGACGGGAUUCGCGCAAACAGGACCAAUGUGGAUGCCAACAAGACAAGCUGUUUCCCAAGCAACAAAGACAGGCGCACAUGCAUGGCAUGCCGCAACCGCACAGCACCCUGGUCAGGUAUCUGGCUUAGGCGUGCUACCCGCGCUGCACGGCCUACAGGUAGCGCGAACCAUCACCCGCUCGCCUGCCCGAUGGCUUCCAACUUGAUCUGGAGUCUGAGCCGAGUCGAGAAGUGGUGGGCGGCAUGUUAUCUCAAGACGGACUACGCUACUCGGGUCAUGGAGACGGCCAUGCAAUGCAGGCCAAAGGGGAGUCCAAGACGGCAGGUGCGAAGGGGGGCCGUGUAUGUAUGUAUGUAUGUAUGUGUAUGUACAUAUGUGGCAUGUAUGUAUGUGUGUAUGUGUAUGUAUGCUGCGUACCCAGCCUGUAGGCAUGGCGACGGGGAGGAAGGGAAGGGGGGCCCUCUGUCGCAACGAACCCACUCCCUCUGCAACCGGGCCUGCACUCUGCACUGUGUCUGCACUCUGGGCACUCAGACUCUCCACACUCGGAGGCACUUCGUAUCUCCGCGUGCGGCCGUCGCCUUAACCUACGGCGAUGCAAGUACAGGUGUACUACUACGAUUCGACUACUCGACUACUCGACUACUCGACAUGCACAGCAAAUAGGCGCUGCGGCGCCGUGGCUUUGACCUCUCCCGCACCGCGCCCGCCCUCGACUGAGCACCAGCCAGCAAUGGGCAGCGGCCGCAGCCUUCUUGGGGCCCCUCCCCUCGCCC